AUGUUUUACCCUAACGAAUUGGCUUAUUUUAAGAAAACCAAUUUCAAACAUCCAAACGGACUGCUAACCUUCAACGAAGCUGCAGUCCAUCAAAACAACCCCCGGCGACCACAAAAAUAUUUCAAAAACAGAGUUUUGCAACGUCUGCUACAAUUUUGUAAAAACUCCAUACAUGGUGUAAAUCAUAUUUUCGAACCGAGGGAACGGCCUGCGGUACGACUAUUUUGGUUAUUGGUGGUAAUAGCCGCCUUAAUUGGUUGCAUAGUUCUGUACAUCGAUGUGACCAAGCGUCAUGGUGAAGAAGUCCUUGUUACAGUGGUCGAAACAUCACAUUUACCCAUACAUAAAAUUAGUUUUCCCGCAGUGGCCGUUUGUCCCUUCAAUCACAUCAAUUGGAUGCGUUACAAGGCGGCUGAGGAAAAAUUCCUACCACGCUAUACAGCCAAGGAGGCAAAACGUUCCUUCUUUAAUUUAAUGGUUUUAAUGGAACGUAUUACCUUCUCCAGACUGGAUCCUAUAAAGGAGUUCUUAAACACAAAGAAAGUACCGCGGUCGGUACGAAAUAUUGUACUAUCGGAAGUGGCUAAAUAUAUGGCACUGCGUUGUGAUGAAAUUUUCCGUUGGUGUUCGUACGAUGAAACGCAACAUGAUUGUUGUAAAAUUUUCGUUCCCGAAUAUACGGAAAAGGGUGUGUGUUUGGUAUUCAAUUCGGUCAUAUCGAAGGAGUCGAAAAUUAAGAAGUUAACUGAUAACUAUUAUCCAUGGAGAGCCCGAUCGAGUGGAGAACGUUCAGGUUUAUCAUUUAAACUGCGUUAUAAUAGCAGUGUUAUUAGACCCGAAUCUGAUGUACCAUUUGCUUUUAGUGUCCUAAUUAAAGAAUCCGAAGAAUGGAGUGAUUCUCUAUUUAAUAUUCUGCAUGAGAAUACACAUACUAGUUUGAUGGUAACACCAAUAAUAACCGAGACCUCUCGAAAUACUCGUCACAUUAAUCCAGCGAAACGUAAAUGUUUAUUUCCGAAUGAAAAAUCCCGUAAAUACUAUCGAAUUGAGGGCCUGCAAUUUAACAAGGUCAAUUGUCGGGUGCAGUGUGAGCAGAGAUAUUUAUUAGAUGCCUGUAACUGUACAAUGUCUAUGUUUUUCCCAGGCAUACCUAAUAAUCCCGACAAGGAGUGUAGGGUAUCAGAUUUAAAAUGUAUUUAUGAGCAUCGAGAUGUUUUCAGUUAUAUAAAAGGUCCACUCCAGGAUGAGUACAUCAAUGAUACACGACGUGGUAUGACAUGUGAUUGUAUCAAUAGCUGUAAAUCGAUGGUGUAUUUGGUGAAUUUAAACACCCUACCACUAGCCAACAUCAAUGAAAGCUAUCCCGAAAUCUCUGCCGAUGUGUAUUUUAACAAAAACACUUUAACCAAAUAUGCAGCCCGUUUACAAUACACCUAUUUGGAUUUAAUAUCGAAUUUCGGUGGCAUUAUGGGUCUGUGUUUGGGCGCCUCUGUUUUAAGUAUUUUUGAAGUAUUUUAUGGAUUAAUGAGAGCUUCUUUCGUAUUUUGUCUAUAUAAAUUGGCAAAUCGUCGUAAAAAAUCACGUGUUAAUGUUGUAAAAGUUAAAAAAGGAUAUGCUCAAGGGCAAAUAAAUGCCACGAAGUUGUAA